CGGCGGAGGAGUGAGGGGAAGGGGAGAGGGGGGGCGGGAACAGCGGCGCCCGAGCCUCGACGUGAGAGUGUCCGUUGGCGAGGAUCACGGCAUGCGCAGCUGAGGCGGAGAAGAGUUUUUCCCUCCUUGCAGGCACUAAACCCAGGAUGGCCCCGGAUUGCUGUGGGAUGGCGCUGGGAUCUCUGGUUUCCAGACUGGAGGAGACACAACCGAAGGGAAAGCAUCCAGGGCUGCUCCCGCUGGAAUUGCGGUGCUAAACGCCGUGGCCGAGCUUUGAUGUUCCGUUUUUCUGUGCUGCCGCGUCCAGCAGAGUGGAAUGUUUGCUUUGGGAGAACAGGAUUAAAGCAACGGAUCCCUUUGAUCCUGUGUUUGGUGCCUCUGGAAGCGCAGGGGCUCCUCAGUGCUUCGCAUGCUUGGAAUUCCACGCUUCCUCACCCGUUCUGUAUCUGCCGGUGGAUACCGGGUUUAGAUAAGCACAAAUCCAUCAUCCGGCAGUUGUGGCAGAAUCUCGGCAUUUGGCCCACGGAGCGGCUCGGACACCUCUCCUGCUCUUGGAGCAUUGCCACUCCCUCCCAGCUCGUGCAGAGCCUGCUGAGCCAGUCCAACCCGCCCGCACCAGAUCCCGGCGCUUCCGCCUUCUCCGCAGCUGGAAGAGGACACCCAACUCUGCCACUUCUCCUUCAGGAUCUUCCGUGCGCUGGGAAUGUGAAUCCCAGCUUUUCCAGCUCGACCGCCGGGGGUGUGGCGGGUGAUCAGCAGGUUUUCUAGCCGGCCUCGCCAUGUUCAGCAAGAAGAAAAAGCGGAUCGAGAUCUCGGCUCCUUCCAACUUCGAGCACCGCGUCCACACUGGAUACGACCAACAGGAGCAGAAAUUCACAGGGUUGCCCCGACAAUGGCAGGGAAUCAUCGAGGAAUCGGCAAAGCGUCCCAAACCAUUGGUGGAUCCCGGUUGCAUCACCGCCAUCCAGCCUGGAUCGCAGAAGACCAUCGUGCGGGGCAGCAAAGCCGCCCGGGACGGCUCCCUCGCUUGGCUCCUGGACGAGUUUGAGACCAUGUCCGUGUCCCGUUCCAAUUCUCUGCGCAGGGACAGCCCUCCGUUCCCGCUCCGCCGCGACCACCUCUACCCGGAGAACGGCCUUGCCGAAGGCCCGGCCGCGGCGCGCCCGCCCGACGAUGCCGGCAGGAACAAGGAGAAGAGCCGCCACGGAGCCGGGAACGAACAGGGCAAGGAGAGACCUCGAGAGAGGCAGGAGCACCGCACUCAGCACCAGGAGCCCAGUUCCAAACCCGCUCCCCUCGCCAGCAGCCGCCCGCCACCUCCCGAAUAUCCCAAACCCCCUUCCGAGCGGGACGGUUGGCGGGAAUUCCCCGCCGACAGGGACUACAGCGAGCCGGCCGACCGCGUGGUGCGGCGGGAGCGUGCCGAGCCUUCCGACAAGCGGCCUAAAUCCACCUACGCCAGCGAGACCAGCCCACAAUCGCCCCGGGACAAACGCCCGCUCUCCGGGCCCAAUAUCCGGACUCCCAACAUUCCCGUCUCCGAAGGGGUGAUGAAGACGGCUCAGCAGACGGGAAGGCCCUUUAAUACCUACCCGCGGGCCGAGACCGAUCCUGGCAGAACCGCGGGGUCCCAGGCCGAGCCCCGAGCAGAACGACCGCAAGAGCCGGCAUCCAACGGCCCGGUGAGCGGCGGUGCUGGUUCCUCCCGAGCCCACCCUCCCGGCCCCCCUCGCUCCAAGAACCCGGAGCCAUCGCAUCCCAGGAUCACCCCGCACGCCUCGGACCCACACCUCGCCCGCCCGCCAAAUCCCAGCGCCGCGCCGGGCCCGCAGCAGCCGCGCUCGCCGCAACGCGAGCCGCAGCGCGUCUCCCACGAGCAAUUCCGGGCAGCUUUGCAGAUGGUGGUGGAUCCCGGCGAUCCCCGCUCCUACUUGGAUAACUUCAUCAAGAUCGGCGAAGGAUCCACCGGGAUCGUCUGCAUCGCCACCGUCAAGAGCACCGGGAAGCUGGUGGCUGUCAAAAAGAUGGAUCUGCGGAAGCAGCAGCGGCGCGAGCUGCUCUUCAAUGAGGUGGUGAUCAUGCGGGAUUACCAGCACGAGAACGUGGUGGAGAUGUACAACAGCUACUUGGUGGGCGACGAGCUCUGGGUAGUGAUGGAGUUCCUGGAGGGCGGCGCUUUGACCGACAUCGUCACCCACACCAGGAUGAACGAGGAGCAGAUCGCCGCCGUCUGCCUCGCCGUACUCAAGGCCUUGGCCGUCCUCCACGCCCAAGGCGUCAUCCACCGUGACAUCAAGAGCGAUUCCAUCCUUCUGACGCACGAUGGCAGGGUAAGCGCCACUCCGGAGCCUUCCAGCAACCGGAAUGCUGCAGCGGCACGAGCGGAAAUCCUUAUCGUUCUCUUUUUGCAGGUGAAACUAUCGGAUUUUGGGUUCUGCGCCCAAGUCAACAAGGAAGUUCCGCGCCGGAAAUCGUUGGUGGGGACUCCGUACUGGAUGGCACCAGAGCUCAUUUCCCGCCUGCCCUAUGGCCCAGAGGUGGAUAUCUGGUCGCUGGGAGUGAUGGUGAUCGAGAUGGUGGACGGUGAACCGCCGUACUUCAACGAGCCGCCGCUCAAGGCCAUGAAGAUGAUCCGGGACAACCUUCCCCCCAAGCUCAAACACGGCCACAAGGUCUCGCCUUCACUCAAGGGCUUCCUUGACCGGAUGUUGGUGCGGGAUCCGGUGCAGCGGGCGACGGCCACCGAGCUCCUCAAGCACCCGUUCCUCGCCAAAGCCGGCCCUCCCGCCUCCAUCGUCCCCCUCAUGCGCCAAAACCGCCUGCGGUGAAGGAGAGCUGGCUGCGCCGACGCUUCCCACCGGAGCUGGGACGGCGCUGUUGGAAUUUCCUUCCACGCCGAGCCGGUCUCCCUUCACCGGAUUUGGGAUUUGGGGAGGUCCCACCAUUGCUUUUCCUUCCCAAUCCCGGUUUUCCCUCCCCGCCAGCAUUGGGGGAAACCAUGGUCCCACCGCUCUGGCCCCACGGCCACACUACUGAUCGGGGCCCCCUCCCCGAGCCAUGUUUUUGGGUCCUUUUGGGUUGGUUUCCCCCCCGUUGUUGGGGUUUUUUUUACCGGAUCUAUUUAUAUGGGGUUUUGUAACGCCGCGGGUUGGGGGCGCCUCGCACCGGAG